UUGGCGCCAGGCUAAAACCUUUUUAUUUCCCCAAUGUUUUAAGAUCUGAUGGUUAUAAUACGGGUUUUACUGUCGAUUGGAAUUGUUUAUUGGGAUGCUGUGUUUUGUUUUAUUUUGUCUUAUUGGCAACCCGUCCCAAGACUAUGGAAAGGGAUGGUCUAGAAAAGUUCCAAAUAAAUAAAUAACAAUUCCGCCUAACCUUUCUCGAUUUGCUGACCUUCCUUUUUCUGCCCCGGCCCCCCGCCCGCCACCCCCUCAGCGCAGAAGCCCAGGAGGCGUCCAGCGUGGCCGGAGGUGCCCCCUCCCAGCCCCGCUGAGCGCUGCAUGCCUCUGCUUUCCCCCCAGCCGGCGGAGGCCGUGGAGGCGCAGCGGAGGCGCCGCUUGUCCCACCCGCUCAUGUACCGCUUCCUCUGGACCAUCCGCCAGGAGUGGAAGCUGCUGGGCUUCUUCGAGGUGAACCAGAAGCACCCCUUCUACGGCUGGACCUGCAUGCUGAAGAAGGGCCUCCGGGCCUCCGUGCAGGAGGCCAUCGAUCGCCCCGCGGCCCCGGACAGCCAGAGCGAGUCGGACUUCACUGCGGUGCUGAAGCAGAGCCACGAGGGCUACCAGAUGCGGACGUACGCGGGGCCCGUCUUCGCCCGCUUCCGGCACUUCCUCGGCAUGGCGGAUCAGGACUACCAGCAGUCGCUCUCCUGUGACAGCCCCUACCUGCAGUUUGUCGGCAACUCGAAGAGCAGUGCCGACUUCUUCCUCACCAAUGACAAACGCUUCUUCCUGAAGACACAGCACAAGCGGGAGAUCCGUUUCCUCCUCACACAGUUGCCCAAAUACCUCGAUCACAUGGAAAAAUACCCUCACUCCAUCCUCGUGAAGUUCCUGGGGGUCCACAGCAUCACAGUUCGUCGGGAGAAGAAAAAAUACUUCAUCAUCAUGCAAAGCAUCUUUUACCCGCACGAGAGGAUCAUCGAGCGGUAUGAUAUCAAAGGGUGCCAAGUUGACCGGUGGUCUGAGGUAGCUCCAGAAGGCAGCAACGUCACGGUGAUUUUGAAGGACCUCAACUUCGGGGAAAAAGCCAUCCACCUCGAUCAGCAGCGGCCCUGGCUGGUGCACCAGGUGGAGCUGGACACGCAGUUCCUGAAGGACCUGGACGUCAUGGACUAUAGCAUCUUGGUGGGGCUGCAGCCCCUGCGGGAGGACGAGCGCAUCCUGAACCAGGCCCUCAUCGACAUCAUCGCCAGGACCGUGUCCAUCAGCUGCAAGGGCUCCGGCCACACCAAGGAGCACCCAGACAGCGAGCCCGACGUCCUGAGGCACCCGCCGUCGGUUGUGAGCAGGGCCGCCUCCAGCGUGGACCACCUGUACAAGAUGUCUCCCGAGAGCAAAAGCACCAUCCAAGGCGUGCUGGCGCUCUACCUGAGCCAGCGGCCCAGCGCCACGCUGGCCCCCGAGAGCCCCACGCCGAGCGAGACCUUCGUGCGGGAAGUGCUGGCCCCGUACCUGAUGCGCCGUACCAGCAGCAGCCACGAGCCCGGCUCCUCCACCCAGCUGGAUUCCUCCGGACAGGCCCCCAGCCUCCACAGCAUGAACUCCUCCUCCUGCCUGGCCCAGAACAGGCGCUUCCUCCCCAGCUGCCGAAAUCCGCUGCACGUGAUCGACGGGCCCGAGUACCGCUACUUCAUCGGCAUCGUGGACCUCUUCACGGUGUACAGCUUCUGCAAGAAGCUGGAGCACCUGUGGAAGAGCAUCCGCCACUGCGGGAAAAACUUCUCCACCAUCAACCCCUCCUGCUACGCAAGGCGACUCUGCCAGUGGGUGGAGGACCACACCACCUGAGCGCCGGGCGCUGGUGGGUGGGGAGGGGGGAGAUGCCCUGCAGCGGCUUCCUCCAGAGUCCCCAGUCGCUGGCUGCGUGACGGCACAGAGGGAAAGAACCGCCCCAAGGGCGAAGUUGCUCGCGGGCCUCUCAAGUUCCAGGAGCCCUGGAGCAACGAUUUGGCCCACGGGGCAGCAGCUGCGGGAAGCCAAGUUUUGGCCAAGAGUGUUCUGGUGUGAGGCCCAAGCAGCCAAGGACAGCUCUCCAGAGGUUGGGGACUCCAACUCCCAGGAGUCCCUGCUAGCACCGCCGGUGCUCAAGAAAGCUGGGAAUUGAAGUCCCCGAAACCCGGAGCUCUACCCCUGGGGAGAGGCAGGGGAGAAUUCCACCCGGUGUGCGGCACCGUUGCGGGGUCAGCCCGAGGUUUUCUGCGACAGCCAAGAUUCGAAUUCCACCCCGGGCGUCGUAACGGGUCAGGCUGUGAUCUGAAGCUCGGGGCAAGAACAGCACUGGAACCCACGGCAGGGCGUUCCACCGCCAGCCUUCCGUCUUGCUCUUUGGCACGGUCAAAGGGGGCCCCGAAGAGGUCCAGACGGAAUUCAGGAUCUGGGCGAGGAGGCGCCGACCCAGCGAUGCCGAAGCGGUGAGCUGUAUCUUGCGUGAAAGAAUAAACGCAGUCCAGAGAA